AGUGCCAGUAAGAUUUCACACCUCAUACAUACUGGAUAUAAGAGGCACAGUGCAAGAAUGGUGAGGACAGGGGGUCUAUUUUAGUGAGCCACUCACAUGAGCGCUGGAAUCUAUAUAUCUACCCUGAUUCUGUCCUUCCCGUCUCAGAAAAAGAAGCCUGUGAGUAUUUGUCACCAUAAGAUAGAUUUAACAGGGGGAGACACAUACAACUGCAACCAUGUCUGAAGGGUCCUCGAAACCAAAGCCAAAGAUCAGUGCAUCGCGCAGACUGUUCCUGAAGACCAAACUGCUAAAGAAGGCCAUGACUAUGCUGGACAAUGAAAAUCAAGUCAGAAAAGAUGAACGAGAGAGAACCCUCGCUGAGAGAGUCCCAGGACUGCAAAUGUCAGGCCUGUCUUUGCAGGAUCUACAGAAUCUUUGCAAAGAGCUACACCAGAAAAUUGAUGUGGUUGAUGAAGAGCGGUACGACAUUGAUUCUAAAGUGACGAAAAAUAGCAGGGAGAUACAAGACCUGUCUCAGAAGAUCUUUGAGUUGAAGGGCAAGAUGAAGAGACCGGCUCUGAAGAGGGUGAGGGUGUCUGCUGACGCCAUGCUGGGAGCUCUGCUGGGCUCUAAGGUCAAAGAGUCUGUGGACUUCAAGGCCAACCUGAAGACUGUGAAGAAAGAGGAGGAGAAGAAAGAGGAAGUGACUGACUGGCGUAAGAACGUGGACGCCAUGUCUGGUAUGGAGGGCAGAAAGAAGCUGUUUAAUAGUGGGCAGUAGAGUUUGUGCUGAAUUACUUUGUAAAGAUUUGCUGCUCUAAAACAGGUGGAAGCAGUGGAUCAUAAGACUGUUUUUCACUUUAUAAUGACAGUGAAUGACAUUAAGACCAGGUUAACAAGUAGGUUGUGAAAAUGAUAAAAGUUAAGGUGUUUACCUUUAUGAUAAUUCAUAUAAUACAUAUAGUUUUUUUUACAUAAUGUCUGAUGGAUUAUGAUAAAACAUACUGUAUGUAUAUAUUAUAGCACUGUAUUGCUUUUGUAGUUUUUAGUUUCCAUAUGAAUUAAUGAACACAAUAUCACUUUUGGCUCACCUCUAGUAAUGUUACGAUCUUACUUUUUGACCUCUGCUAUAUAUAGCUACAAUAAUAUACAACAGGCAAGACUCAAAGAAAAGGCAGAUUUGUCUACAAUUAUCAACAUUUGUACAAUUUAUACUUUGCCUGUAUUGCCAACAAAAGUGUAUUUUGAAGCAUGGCCUACAGUAAGAUGACAACAUAAAACAUGAACAUUUCUGUGUAUCUGUGUGCUUUCCCAAGAAAAACUAUGUUUCUGUUAGAUUGAGAGAAUACACAUUCCAGGUUGGCAGUCAGCUGUUCAUGGAGUCAAAUAAAGUGAGCAUCCUGGAAAAUGAAUGUGGCAUUAAGCUAAGAAAUUAUGAUGAGAAGCAGUGUUAUAAAUUGUGUAUCAAAUAAUAAAAUGUUAAUGACAUUG